AUGAAAAAAGCAUAUAAAAUUGUAUUCCUCGGCAACACGGCAGUUGGGAAAACCACACUCAUUACACAGUACUUGUACUCGAAAGUGCAUGCACCAACUCCCACAAUAGGAAUUGACUUCCUCACAACGACCCAUGAAAUAAAUGGCAAAGCUGUCCGUCUACAGCUAUGGGAUACUGCAGGGCAGGAGAGGUUCCAUUCGAUAAUAGGAAACUACACCAGGAAUACGUUUCUUGCAAUAAUAGUAUUUUCUGUUGAUGAUUCUAAGAGUGUUGACAAAGUUGAGUCAUGGAUUAACGAUUUUGUUUUGACACACAAUCUCCGAGAGGAAACAAACCUGAUGGUGGUUGCCAACAAAAUAGAUUUGAUAGAUAAAACAAAUGAGAAUAUGGAAAGAGGCAUACGGGUUGCGGCUAAAGUGGGUGCCAAGUUUGUUACAGCCUCAGGCUUGAGCCGUGAAGGAAUAGAAAGAAUGAUCAAUGGGAUAGAUGAAUUUAUUCUAGAAGAUAUUGACAAGACAAAUGAAAACGAUGAUGAACAGCAGAAUCAGAUAACGAUUAGGGCCAAAAUAAACAAAAGAUGCUGCCCAUAA